AUGUCUGAUCCUAAGAGCUACGUCGUUGGCUGGAUAUGUGCCCUUCAUAUCGAGGCUCUGGCGGCUACAGCGCUUCUGGAUGAACAACACCCAGGGCCAAAGUCUGUAUCCGAAAACGACGACAACAGCUACAUCUUGGGACACAUUGGAGACCUUAAUAUCGUGAUAGCUACAAUGCCAGUGAAUGAAUACGGCACAAGUUCUGCGGCAGCCUCCGCUCGAGAUAUGCUCCACAGUUUUCCUAAUGUGCGCAUUGGUUUGAUGGUCGGCAUUGGUGGUGGGGUGCCGACAAGGCACGAUGUCCGCCUUGGUGACAUUGUCAUCAGCGAACCUGGCCAUGGGCACGCGGGCGUACUGCAGUACGACUUCGGAAAGGCGCUCCAAAAUCAGGCAUUUGUGGGCACCGGCAUCCUUGACCAACCUCCGCGAGUCCUCCGCACUGCAAUGGCUACUUUGAAAGUCGAGCAUGACCUCCAUGGUCACCAAAUACAACUCACUAUACGCAAUGCCAUGUUAAAGAAUAAAAGGUUGGCAAAGAAAAUCAAACUGGCCGACCAGUUGAGCGACGAACUUUACAAACCAGAAGUCAUUCACCCACAAGGAGAACUUCUUUGCCGCACUGUUUGCGGGAAACUCCCAAAGAAUUUUGUUGAGCGCGAUAAACGAAGUGAUGAGGACGAAGACCCCCGUGUGCAUUAUGGUCUAAUCGCAUCAGGCAACUCUGUCAUCAAAGACGCCAUACUGCGGGAUAAGCUUGCAUGCGAAAAAGAUGUCAUGUGCUUUGAAAUGGAAGCUGCUGGCCUAAUGAACCACUUUCCUUGUCUUGUCAUUCGCGGGAUCUGUGACUACGCAGACUCUCACAAGAACAAAGAUUGGCAGGGUUAUGCCGCCAUAACGGCCGCAGCAUAUGCCAAGGAGCUUCUGUCCCAUGUUCAUUUAGACCGAGUUGAGGCAGAGAAAAAGUUGGUUGAUGUUCUGAGUGCCGGACUUGACGAUAUCAAGAGCAUAAAGACCGAAAUGAAGACGCACUUUGAAGCCGAGAAGACUCAAUCCCAAGAUAAUGCUAUUCAAGAGUUUCUGGAGUCCCUCGCUCUCAUUGAUUACAGCUUGCAGCAGCAGGCCUGUAUAUUCCAACGACAGGACGGAACUGGAGCAUGGUUGUUGAAGUCACCCGACUUCCUAGGUUGGGUCGAAUCACGGGCACGGAUCCUGUUCUGCCCUGGGAUACCUGGAGCUGGAAAGACUAUCAUGACUUCUAUUAUUAUUGAGGAACUCCAGACUCGAUUCUUGAACGAUACCAGUGUCGAAGCUAGAGGCGAUGAUAUAAUGAGGUAUCUCGACGCCUCAGGAAGGCUGCCUAGCUGUGUCCAGGGAGAGUCCGAGAUAGCAAACAAGAUGAGAGCAGUCAUCAAGAAAACAGUUCUACGCUCAGCUUGCGGAAUGUUCCUUCUGGCCAAGCUUCAUCUCGAAUCCUUGAGCGACACGCUAUCAGUUGGAGAAGUGGAGGAAAAGUUGGAAAAUUUACCGACUGGGUCGGAGGUAUAUAACCGUUCGUAUCAACAGGUCUUAGAAAGACUCACUCCAAAGGGCAAAUUAAUCCUGUCAUGGAUUAUUUGCUCCAAAAGAUUGCUUUCUGUUGAAGAACUCCGACACGCUCUAGCCACAAGGCCUGGAGUAUCAAAAAUCCAAGUCAAAGAUAUCCCAAAAGCUGACGACAUUCUUUCAUUGUGCGCCGGAUUUGCCGGGAAAGAUGUAUAUGGCUCUGGGAUUCGACUGGUUCAUAAGACAACACAAGAGUACUUUGACAAGUCAAGUCACUCGUUGUUCCCGGAUGCGCAUGAUAAUAUCACUUUGACUUGCGUCACCUAUCUUUCUCUCAGCGCAUACCCAUACCCCCCCGGUGGGGCUCUUUUCAACUACGCUACUCACUUCUGGGCCCAUCAUGCCCGUGAUUCGACACACCAUGAGACUCAAGAAGCCGUGAGGCAGUUUCUGAGAGACGCCAAGAAGGUUGACCGCACUAUCCAAGAACUGCUGGCUGACCCAUCGCAUCCAGGGAGAGUCAGCUAUGACCGUCAUUAUCGUCUCGAAGCAGUCACGGGUUUGCACCUUGCAGCAUAUUUCGGGCUGAUUGACAAUGUAGCGGAAUUGAUUGUCGAUGGAGACAUGGAUAUACAGGACAGUUACGGUCGUUCACCAUUGUGGUGGGCGGUUUUCGGAGGUAGCGAACAGGUUACCCGUUUUCUACUCAGCUACGGCGCAAGCAUCGAAAUUAGGGAUGAGAACGGAUGCACUCCACUGAUGUGCUCGAUCUGGGUUGGUAAGGAGUCGAUCAUAAAGCUUCUUAUUGACUCUGGCGCCGAUACUAGUGCUGAAGACAACUUGUCCCGUACUCCAUUCCGGUGGGCCAUGAGAAGCGGUGCCGAAUCCAUCAUUGAGUAUUUGGCCCUUUCUGGUGCACCAUUAUUUUCAAAACCCCAACUCAGACAUAUUAGAGAAAGGAAGAUGCUCGAGAAUGAAGGAGAAGAGGGGCUGGUACGACUCAUCCUUUCAAUACAUGCCGGAGUACUAGAUGCCGACUUCACCAACAGAUUCCUAGCUAUUGAGAAUUACGACCCUGGAAGUCUAUAUCUGCUGUUAGAAGCAGAUGAUCAUUCUCGUAAUUCACAAAUCGACUCCAACAAAUCGGUAUCAUAUGAUAGAAGACACCAUUUGGACUACAUGAGCGAGCUGGUAUCGUCCAGUUCGCAGGUAACGUCAAAAACUAAUAAAAGGGGCCCUCUAUGGUGGGAAUCAUUCAAUGGGAAUACAUCCUAUAUCCACGGGAUGAUUCAAAAAGGAUCCAGCAUCGAGGUCCCGGAUGGACUCUUUAGGCGAACGCCUCUGUCUUGGGCAGCGUCCAACGGACAUGACUCCACAGUCAGCGUCCUGCUUGAGCACGGCGCCAAGAUCGACUCCCUUGACGAACAAGGUCGAACACCUCUCUUAUGGGCGGCGCUCCAGGGUCAUACUGAUGUAGUCAAGCUGCUUCUAGAAUACAGCCUCGAUGUUAUUGACCGAUUUGACAAUGAAGGCCGAACCGCUUUAUUCUGGGCGGCGCAUAACGGGAACGACACGAUUGUUGAGCUGCUAGUUAAGCGGGGUGCUGCUGUAGAUUUCAGGGAUAUAUAUGGCCGGACGCCAUUGGAAAUGGCAGAAAGAGGGGGGCAUUAUCAGGUGACUGAGCUGCUAAUCGAAUACGGCGCUGAAAUUGGCGGGUCAUUGCGAGGUUAA